AGAAGACGGAGUGGAGAAUAUGUCAGUCCUUCUUGAAACGUCCCUAGGUGACAUCGUCAUAGACUUGGAGGUCGACUUGUGUCCAAAAACAUCGGAGAACUUUCUCAAACUAUGCAAAGUCUACUACUACAACCUCAAUGCGUUCUUUAAUGUCUCCAAAGACUUCCUCGCACAAACAGGUGAUCCCAGUGCCACCGGUACAGGCGGGGAGUCUAUUUGGUCACUACUUUCCGACUCGAGCAACUCGAACAAAUCGCCCCGCUAUUUCACCCCCGAGAUUCGUCCCAAGCUGAAGCACACUUCCAAGGGAACCGUCUCCAUGGCUGUCGCGUCCACACCAGACGGAAAGGGCGGUUGCGGCAGCCAGUUCUUCAUGACCCUUGCGGACAAUAUCGAGUACCUCGAUGGCAAGCACGCCGUAUUUGGACACGUAGUGGAGGGACUGGAGACGCUAGAUAAACUGAAUCAGGUUUAUGUCGAUCAAGAUGGGAGACCGUUGAAGGAUGUCAGAAUAAGGCAUGUUAUUAUUCUAGACGACCCCUUCCCCGAUCCUCCUGGACUGACCAUCCCGCCCUCGUCUCCUAAUCGCAUACCUGACGACCCCUCCGUCGUGCCUCGUAUCGCCGAAGAUGAGGAUGCCCUGCUCGAACUGCCCGAGGACGAAGCCGAAAAGCAACGACGAGAAGCGGCAGCGAAAGCAUCCGCCCUGACGCUCGAGAUGGUGGGCGACUUGCCCUUCGCCAACGUUCGUCCUCCCGAGAACGUGCUUUUCGUGUGCAAACUCAACAGUGUGACGCGGGACGAGGAUCUUGAGCUCAUCUUCUCCCGUUUUGGAAAGAUCAUGAGCUGUCAAGUGAUUAGGGACAAAAAGACUGGCGACAGUCUGCAGUAUGCAUUCAUUGAGUUUGAUAAAAGGGAGGACGCAGAGCAGGCGUACUUCAAGAUGCAGAACGUUCUAGUUGAUGAUAGGCGAAUAUGGGUUGAUUUCUCACAAUCCGUCGCGCGCAUGAACAACUCAUGGUCCAACAAUCCGCGCCGACCUCCUGGCGGCGGGGGAAUGGGUGGCGGCCGCGGCCGUGGUGGUCACUCUGAAUCGUUCGGCGGGCGGGAUGACCUACAGGCCGCACGACGCUACAGAGACGAAGAACACGCGAGUGGUGGUGGCUCGUAUGGAAUGGUAUUCGAUGUUGCUGAUCAGCGUGACCGGGGACGGAAUGGGAGCCAACGGGAAGACGACGGCCGGGAUAAGCGGAGGAGAGACAAGGAGCCCACCGAGGACCGAGAAAGAGAUAGACGGAAUUACCGCGAAUUCGACCGGGAACGUUCGCCAAGAAGUGACCGGCUGCGAGAUCGCGACGGAGAGCAGGACCGGGAAAGAGAAAGACGAAGGAAUGGCGAACGCGACCGUGAACGUCGAGACGGAAUGAAGGAUGGCUACAGGAGGGACGACAGAGACCGAGAGAGAGACCGGGACCGGGACUACCGCAGAUGAGUGAAUUGUUGUAUCCCAGCGCAUUACUUUCCUUGCGGACUUAAGCGUGCGACUGUGAAGGCUGCUGCGGGGAUUGUAGGCGCAUGCUAUUUUUGUGCCAAGCGCCGAAGCCAGACCGCCACGUUAUGCUGGUAUUAUUCGCCCAUUCUUCAUCAAGGGUUGACCGCAUCGCAUCGCUCUCAAAUUACAGCCUCUCAACCCCUAUGAAU